UGCGUUCGUUUGUUUAUAUGGGAGGUUAUGUGUUGAUAUAGCACUUAUUUAUUAUUAUUUUGUUAUCUGUCUUCUUAGAGCUCUAAUUAGUAUAUUACUUUUAUCAUAACUUUGUAAAGUGCAUUAAAAAUGUUAAUAACAUAGUUUAGCAUACCCCUACGAGUUUUCUGCGAACGUUUUCGUGUGUGAGGUUAUUAGACUGUGUUGUGAAUUUUGGAAGAAUUUAGAUUUCCAUCUAUUAUUUACUGCAGACUGUAUUACGAAGAUAACGGAAUUAGCUCACACAGCACUUAACAAUUAAGUUUUAUUAGUUUGAGUUUAUUUUAUUUGAAUAUUUAACCAUGAGUAAUAAAGGCCAAGAUGGUUCAGUAUCUGGUGGUGGAAAUUUUGUAAAAACGGAUAAAGAAAUUUCCAAUACAAUGUCAUCGUCACUUUAUGCUCUCCAGGUUGCUUUGCAGACAAUGAAAGAAAGAUGUCAACAAUUACAACAAAGAUUAGUAGUUGUAGAAGAUGAAAAUUUGCGACUUCGUAUUGAAAACCAAAGAGUGGGAUCACAUGAAGUUCAAGAAGAAUCCAAAGGAGCUUUAAAUGCUUUACAGGAACAUAUUGCCCAGUUGUCAAGACAGAAGUCACAGUUAACUCAUCAUAUUUACAUGGUGGCAACAGAAAAUAAACAGCUGUGGACACGUCUGUCCAAACUUACAGAAGCAAACCACUCCCUGGGCAGUCAUCUGACAAAAAUAUCCGAUACCUUAAACAAGCAUUCUCUAGGAGAAUCAUCAAAACCCAACCAGUCAAUACAUAUUGUUGACUCAUGUGAAAAGGAAGUCGAUAACGAUGAAAAAGAUGGAAGUUUGGAAGAAAUUUCAUUGAAAAUUAUUAGUAGCAUUAUUAGAGAAAAAAUUGAACUGGAGCAGCAGUGUGAUCAGAUGUCGGCUUUGCAGACUGGAACGCUGAGCGUAGAGGAUUGUGACUUCACUCUGGGGGCAGACUUGACAGAGCAAGAAGAGGUAGCGCAGGAUCUGCGUAAGGUGAUGGAGAAUAUGCGGGAGCAGAAAGAGCAGCUGUUGAAGCAGCAGGCCGGCCUCAGAGCCACCUUAGCGACUCUCACAGCAUUGAUCAAAAAUGGUGGUUUGCCGUGCAAGAAGUGCCGGAAUAAUGAAAAAACAGGAAAUGGGGCAGCGAACACAAGUCAGAACCAGGCACAAGUCUGUGAACCGCCUGAAGACAUGGGAGAUAACAGAGUUGGUGCAGGUGCGGACUUUGAGUACUUCGAUGAGGACCGUAUCUGCCCACUGUGCAGUCAGUUCUUCCACAGAUCUGCCAAGUUUGAGGACUUCCAUAGCCACGUCCUGACUCACUUCUCGGAUGAGGAUGGCGAUUUAGACUCCAUCAUCUCCAACAACUACCACGUCGUCACCAGAGACAAUGUUAAUGAAUAAAAUUGUCACUUGUGUAUUUUUGUGAUUUUCACAACUAAAGUAGUUAGGCAGCAGAGAAUUAUUUGUUAAGAACAAAUUUCUAAUUUGUAAUGUUUGUAUGUUAUCCAUUAAUUUAAUAUUUAGUUUAGUUAUUUCCUAUAAGUUGGUAAGACUGAAGUUUACGUAAAAUCAAAUUGUACACAGUACAUACUAUUUAAUUGUUACUAUUACUAUACUAUUUAAAGUAAGUAAAUAUCUGCUGAUGAAAAAAGUUUGACUAAUACAGCGGACAAUAGGGAAUCUUAGGUAAGUUACCACAGUUCGGUUGAGAACACUGCUGCAGUACUGCUAGCGACUGCCUGGUUUCAACAAGUUAUGGUCUUGGCAGUUUUAUAAGUUAAGUUCUUGUACAUUAUUUUGAUAUACUUGCACCAUUUUUGAACAUUAGAGGUUGAGUGUAAUAGUGAUAAACUUACUGUAAAACCAGUUUCGUGGUGCUAUAUCAUACAAGGGUCAGCCAGAAAAUAAGCAAUGCCUUGUGCAUCGUCGCACUCAUUCCAAUACGUAAUUUUAUUUUUCUUUGUGGUCCUUGUACUAGCAGUUGCAUUAAUUGUUUUUAUAUUAAAAUAGUUGUUACUAUAUGUUUGCAAACAAUGUGUUGCAUUAUUCUAAAGUUGUUUAUGUCAUGUUGUAACAAAAUAACUUAAAUGAUAAUAAAAAUAAUUUUUGUGUUGA